AUGGCUUACGUACCCGGCACCCCCCAGACCGAGGUCGGCGACACGACGCGUUUCCACGGCGAGCAAUUGUCAUUCAGCAGAGAAGAGUCGUUCCAAGCACCACCAGACCGCGACAACCUGUUCAAGAAGUUGGGAGGCGCACGAACCCCGCGGAAUCCGCUGGCCACUAUGCGCAACGCCAACGCAAGGAACGAAUUCACGCCGAUGCUGAAGAGCGCAACCGCGAACCGGACGCGACAAGUCAAUGGCCUGCUGGAUGGAAAACUCACAACACCCGCCGCUCUCAAACCAGGAUUCAGCAUGAGCAACACGCCACUUCCCGAGGCCAGCUCGUACGACAUACAAUCGAGUUCGUUCGCCGAAUCAGUCGAUGGCCGCACGCCUGUGCCCGACCCCAGCUCGAGCGCGAUGAGCACGCCAAUGGCAUUGCCGAGGCGAGCAGAGGGCGAGAUGGACAACGGCAACGGCAAUGUGCUUACCUUGAGGGAGCAGGAAGCUCGCCUCGAGCAGAUCGACAAGGAAAACUUCGGCCUCAAGCUCAAGAUUCAUUUCCUCGAAGAAAACCUUAAGAAGAUGGGCCCCGAAUUCAACAUCCGCGCACUCGAAGAAAACAUCAACCUGAAGUCAGAGAAGGUCACAAUGUCGCGCGACAUCAAGAAGUACUCCAAAGAUCUGCAAAUGGCCGAGAAGGCGCUUGACGAGUACAAACAAAAACUACACGAAUAUGCCGACAAGAUAAAGAGGCGGCAUGCCGACGAGGGCAUGCGCGAGGAAAUGGACGAGCUCCGACGGCUGGCCGACGAGCGCGCAGACGAGAUCCAGCGCCUGGAGGAGAAGCUGGACGAGGCACGCAGCACUGAGGACGAACUCGAGAAGAGUGUUCACGGCGUGAUCAAUUGCUGGACGAGCACGAGGAGCGCAUCGAGGAGUUGGGAGAAAGAGCUCGAGAAGGCACAAGGUUCACAAUCAGACGACGAAGAGAAGGAUCGCCAAUUGAAGGAACAGGCUGACAGGAUCGCUGAACUCGAAGAAGAACUCCGCUCGCUCAAACAGGCCCAAGACACCGGUCUGGCAGAAAAGGAACGUCAGCUAGAGGAACAAGAGGAAAAGCUUGAAGACCUAGAAGAGCAGCUCCGCACCGUUGAAAGCGCGAAGGAUGCAGAGAUCGAGAAACUCCAGACAAAACUAGACGGUGCUGCGGACGGAAAGGACCAAGAAAUUCGCGAGCUGGAGCAACAGCUUGACGAGCUCGAGCGGCAGCUCGACACCACCGAAGACCAGAAACGACACGAGUUAACUGCCGCGGAAGAGCGUCUCCGGUCAGUAGAACGCGAGAAGGAUGCCAAUAUAAAGGAACUUCAGCGCCGCAUACAAACCAUCGAGAGCGACAAGGAGGCAGAGCUCGAUGCGAUACGAGAGCGUCUGCAGCUCGCCGAAUCUCAAGGUGACAACCAGGUCCAGCUCGCACAGCAAUCUGCAAAUGACGCUCGUCAGAAGGUGGUCGAGAUCACGCGCGAGAAGGGUGUCGAGAUCGAGCUCCUGCAAGCUCGGGUCGACAGCGCGGAAGCGAAGGCUGACGAGCUGGACGACUACCGCAGGCAACUCCAGGACGCCAUGCAGCAAAUCACACGCUUCCAGCGCGAAGUCUCAUCUUACGAACAACAGGUGCAACAACUUCGGCAAACUAUCAACCAGAAGGAUCGCGACCUCAGCGGGAUGGACAGACUCCGUCGCGAGCGCGAUGAUGCUACUCAAGAAAUCACGGGCCUUCGUACUACUAUCACAGGCAAAGAUGCUCAAGUUGAAGCUCUGAAUAAGGCCACAAGAGAGCGUGAUGCGCUGUCACGGGAGCUCGAUAGUUUGCGUCGCGACCGUGACAAUCUCGUUGCGAAAUUGUCCAGCAAGGAUGAGCAAGUAGAAGCCCUGCGCAAAGGCAACAGCGAUCGCGAUGGAUUGGUCACAACCCUUCGGCAAGAGCGCGACGAUGUCGAGCGCGAUAUGCGUAACUUACGCUCGACCAUGUCUGGCAAAGACACGCAGAUCGAGGCUUUACAGAGGGUCACCCGUGAAAGAGACACUCUGUCGCGCGAUCUGUCAAACGUACAGACAACCCUGCAGGCACGCGAGCGCGACAUCUCGAGCCUGCAAAAGAAGAUCGAUGCUCAAGAAAUAACUCUCAGUGAGCUUAAGCAGCUUAAGAGUGACUUGAGCGACCGAACACGCGAGCUUGACACAGCGCGACGGACCAUAUCAGAACGCGAUGCCGAGCUUGAUGCCCUAAGAGAUCAUGCCGACGAGCCCGGUACUCAGCUUGACGUUAUGCAAGAUCUUGUGCGCAAGCGAGACGAUGAGCUAGAAAAUCUCCGAGAUGAACUCAAUGCUCAGAGAAGCGAAGUGGACCGCCUCCAGCAAUUGGCAGAAGAGCGCCUUCAAGCUCUUGAGGACCUCCGCGACACCGCUCGUCUCGAGAAGCAAGAUCUCGACGAUGAGCUCGAGGCCCUGCUCGAGCAAGUUGACGAAACCAACGAAGAGAAAGCGUCUCUCGAGGAGAAGAUUUCUGUAUUAGAGUCUAUGAUUCGCGAGAAGGAGAACCAGAGUACUGCUAUCCAGACCGAAACGCGAGCGGCACAGCGGGAACAAAAAGCUGCGCUCGAAAAUAAGAUCCGCGACCUGGAGUCACGCAUGCGAGAGAAGGAUUCACAGCACCGCAAGCUCCAGACCGACGCAAAGGCUGCACAGCGCGAGCAGCAAGCAGCUUUGGAAAAGCAGCUUCGCGACCUGGAGGCACUGUUGCGGGAGAAGGAAUCGCAGCUUCGCCUUCAGCAAGCCUCGUCCAAGGCUAUACAAAACAAGUCUCACCAAGAUGCCAUUGACCUAGAUGAGCAAGCCGAAGCCCUAACCAAGCGCCACAUCAAGGAGAUUAAUGGUCUCGCUAAACAGAUCCAAUACCUCCGCGCGCGUUGCUCGCGAGCUGAGGGCUUCCGCGAAGCACUUAGCUACCAGAAGCGCUUCUUCCUGAUGCAGAUUCAAGUCUACAGUGAAUGUAAUCAACAAGACCUCAACCUCAUUUCGCAAAUGGGUAUUACUCCAGACAUUACCAUCCACGAGCGCCGACCGAGACUCAAAUCUGCAGCUUUGGCUGUCAUCGCGGCAAUCAGAAUGCAGAAGCUGAGCGAAGGCUGGGCGGUGAACAGGAAGAUACAUGAUCAAUUGAAGCAGAAGUUGGAGAGUAUGAGAAGGUCGAAUGGAGGUGGAAGGAAGAGUGGAGGGCUGAGGAUUGCGAGAUAA